CUUUGGGUAUUUCUAAACAUGUUGGGAAGUGAGAAAACUCUGACCUGUGCACCUUGCAAUAACAAUGUAGGGUUCCUGCAAAGGACCAAUAGCCUGGAAGACAAGAGCCGGAUCGUCAGCUCCCUGAAGGAAAAACAGUCCUCCAAGAGCCUACUGGCGUGUGAGAACAGCGAGAAGGAAUCCAGGUUCCGGCGCACCGAGACAGACUUCUCCAAUUUGUAUGCCAGAGAUUUGCUGCCCGCCAAGAAUGGCGAAGAACAGACCAUGCAGUUCCUGUUGGAGGUUGUGGACAUCCUCCUCAACUACGUGAGGAAGACGUUUGAUAGAUCCACCAAAGUGCUGGACUUCCACCACCCGCACCAGCUCCUGGAGGGCAUGGAGGGCUUCAACUUAGAGCUCUCGGACAACCCGGAGUCCCUGGAGCAGAUCCUGGUAGACUGCCGGGAUACGCUGAAAUACGGAGUGAGGACAGGUCAUCCUCGCUUUUUCAAUCAGCUCUCCACAGGGCUGGACAUCAUUGGCCUGGCCGGGGAGUGGCUGACAUCGACUGCUAAUACAAACAUGUUCACCUAUGAAAUUGCCCCUGUUUUUGUCCUCAUGGAACAAAUAACACUUCGAAAGAUGAGAGAGAUUAUUGGAUGGUCAAAUAAGGAUGGUGAUGGAAUAUUCUCACCUGGAGGAGCAAUCUCCAACAUGUACAGCAUAAUGGCUGCACGCUACAAGUAUUUCCCUGAGGUUAAAACCAAAGGCAUGGCUGCAGUCCCUAAACUGGUUCUCUUUACCUCGGAACAUAGUCACUACUCAAUAAAGAAAGCUGGAGCUGCGCUUGGAUUUGGAACAGACAAUGUGAUUUUGAUAAAAUGCAAUGAAAGAGGCAAAAUAAUACCAGCUGAUUUGGAGGCAAAAAUUUUGGAAGCAAAACAAAAGGGAUACAUUCCUCUUUUUGUAAAUGCAACUGCAGGCACAACAGUAUAUGGAGCCUUUGAUCCAAUACAAGAGAUUGCAGAUAUAUGUGAAAAAUAUAACCUCUGGCUCCAUGUAGAUGCUGCCUGGGGAGGUGGACUCUUAAUGUCCCGAAAGCAUCGUCAUAAAUUGAAUGGAAUAGAAAGAGCCAACUCGGUUACUUGGAAUCCACACAAGAUGAUGGGAGUUUUGUUACAGUGUUCUGCCAUUCUUGUCCGGGAGAAGGGUAUACUUCAAGGGUGCAAUCAAAUGUGUGCAGGCUAUCUCUUCCAGCCAGACAAACAGUAUGAUGUAUCCUAUGACACCGGAGAUAAGGCAAUACAGUGUGGUCGACACGUGGACAUUUUCAAAUUUUGGUUGAUGUGGAAGGCAAAGGGUACUGUAGGAUUUGAAAAUCAGAUUAACAAAUGCCUGGAGCUGGCAGAAUAUCUCUACACUAAAAUCAAAAACAGAGAAGAAUUUGAGAUGGUUUUUGAAGGAGAGCCAGAGCAUACAAAUGUAUGCUUUUGGUACAUUCCACCAAGUCUCAGGGGCAUGCCAGACUGUGAUGAGAGAAGAGAAAAAUUACACAGGGUGGCACCAAAAAUCAAAGCACUGAUGAUGGAGUCAGGUACUACGAUGGUUGGAUACCAGCCUCAGGGCGACAAAGUCAACUUCUUCCGAAUGGUCAUCUCAAACCCAGCAGCAACUAAGUCUGACAUUGACUUCCUCAUUGAGGAAAUAGAGAGAUUGGGGCAGGAGCUGUAGUACAUUGGUUGAAUUAUUUAUUUCUCUAAUUCACUGUUUUCCAGUACUGGCUAAUUUUUAAACCCAGUUCUGCAGAACAUGUUCUAAGGAAUUUCUCUUUCUGUAAGUUCCAAUCUCCUAAGACAUCCUUAAAAAAAACAACUGUAGGAUACUGAAACAUAUAUGUAUUGGUAGAUCGUAUUACUGAGGGAAAAUGUAUUAUCUUGAAGUUGAAGUACUAUUGACUCUUACAUUGGUCUUGUUUAUUGUAGUCAGCAGG